GCGCGCUUUCUUUACGGGCGGGACGUGGGACGAAAAUCUUUAUUUAUAUCACACACGACGAUGUUCCCGUAGAGUGCGACCGGCUGUGAACGUGCGUGACGAAACGAUACGAAAACACGACGACAGAAUGGCGAACGAGGAGGUGUUGGGUCCGCGGAAGACGAUGUUCGUACUUGUGAUUGUUGUUGGGUGUUUCGCUGUGUUGUGGCCUAGGAUCCUGUCGCCGCUGGUCCUGGGCCCCAGUCGGGAGCAGCUCAAGCCGAACAAGUUCGACCGGGAGGCAGGAUGCUGCGAGGUUCUAUUUGAUACGGACAUGGCUGUCCUGGAGCUGAUCAACGAAGUCUGCAGUGCAGCCGUCCAAAGCGAUGGCAAACUCAACCCUUAUGCAGCUGCUGAAUGUCGAAAAGCAGUCAAUGAGACUUGCGGACUGGACAUAGCAGCGUUCCUCAAACGUAAUGAGAAUGUUGGAAAGACUUCCAAAAUGUUAGUGGAGACGAUGAAGAACAGCAACAGCUCCUGUCUGAAGGAGCACUUUGGUGUGCCUGUUUGGAAUCUCGGAGUACACAUAUCACAGAAUUCUUGGACACUGCAAGACACCAUCAAGCAAGAGCGUCCCAUGAUCCGCGGCUCUGGACCUCACCCAGCUCUCCGCGAGAGGGGACGGGCGAUACCUCCGGGUGUUCCUCCAUCCCCCACCAAGAACACCGUGGCAAUGCCUCCUCACGUCAGGGUACGAUCCUCACCGCUAUCCGUAUACUUUGAUCUGGAUAUCAAGCCCCCACCAAUCCCGGGUAUGCGUCCUCCACUCGGCUCCCCCGGGGGUCCGGUGCCGGCCCCCAAGUCGUCUAUGGGCUUCGUGAUGCCGAUAUACACUAUCUGCAUCAUCGUUUUCUUCGUCUACACUCUUAGCAAGAUUCUGUUCAAACGUGGAGGCUCAUCGCCUUACGAGCCCAUCACGCCGGACCCUCAGUUCAGAAGACGCGUGUUCAGGGACGACUCCAGGACAACACCUGAUAAACUAGGGGACGUGGAGUUGGAAGCGCUGAGGGCUCGGCUGGCGGAGACUGAGCGCGCGAUGCAAAGGAUCGUCAGCCAGUUGGCGCAGCGCGACGCGGAUGUGCAGGAUAAUAACGCUCGCCCAUACACGAAUGGUACAAUCAUACACAACAGUGGCCCGGUGCAUAUAGUCGCUAGUGAGUAUCGCGAGCCAUCCAAAGAGAGAUUGGAAACUCGGGAGACGAAGGAAGAAAGUCCAGCUCCCGAAGAACCAGUUAAAUCGACCCUAGAAGAAAAAGAACCCAUAGAAUCAGAGUUAGAAAAGAAAGAAUCUACACCAGAAGAGAAGCCUGAGGAACCUCAAAAGUCUGAUAUUGAAGAAACUCCUAUCGCAGAACCAAUUAAAGAAGAAAAAGCUAUUGAACAAAAAGAACCCACUCCUGAACUGAAAGAACCCACACCUGAACCGAAAGAACUUACACCAGAGAAAGAUGACGCUAAAACAGUUGACAAUCAAGAAGCAGAAGAAGAAGAAUAUGAGGAAGAAGAGGUAGAGAUAGAAGUUGAAGAAGAAAGUCCAGAAAGGGAAGUGGAGAAUGACACAGAUAAGUUGAUUAAGCUAGCUGAUAACGUGAAAGCGGAGAAGAAUGGUGAUGUGAGACAUACAGAGGAGUUUUUGAAUGAGGAAACGAAAGCUUUGGCGGAAGAGAAAGAGAAGCAGUCGACACCUGAACUUCUAGAAGAGGCUAUUAAAGAUGAUGAUGAUGAUAAGGAAAAUGCCAGUGUUAAAGUAGUAGGCAUGGAGGUGCGAGCCCACGCGGCGGACGGCGGCGCCGCGCACUCGCACGCGUCACUCCCGCACUCGCACUCGCACGUGUCGCACUCGCACGUGCCACACUCGCACGCGCCGCACUCGCACGCGGCGGCCGGCUCGCACGAGCCGCACCGAGCGCACGAGGCGGAGCAGGUGCAGGCGAUCUACCUGGACACGGAGAUCCCGCAGCAGUCGCGCGUGCUCGUCGCAGACUUCGCUGAGAACACCGCCGCCAGGCCCAAGCCCACCAAGCACUCGCCGAUGGUGGUUAGCGGCAAGAUGACGCUAUCGCUGAUACAAGACGCGCCCCGCGACACGCCUGAGAGAGACCUAGAAUCGACAGUGGACGACUUCACCACGGCUAGCGCUCUCACACAAAAUGCUGAGAAAGAAGACGAAUCAGAAGAGGAAAUCGAAGAAGAGAUAGAGGUUGAAGAGAUUGAAGAAGAAGUUGAAGAAAUUGAGGAGGAGGAAGAAGAAGAAGUACCCGACCAGAAGGAACAGAAGGAGAAGGGAAACAAGACAGAGUGAAGUACUGAUAGAUUUAUAUACUCCUUGAAUAGUAAGCCAAAUAAUUUUACAAUUGUAAAGUUAGCUAUUUGACUCCAUUCGCAGUAGUAUGAAGAUAAUCAUAUAUUUUUGACUGUCGUGAAUUUAGGCAGCCAACUUUAGAUAAGCUUAGCUUGUAUGAAAAACAUGCGUAAGGAGUCGAAUGGUUAACUUCAGAGUAGCAAAUUUAUUUGGCGCGAACUGUAACUAUAGUUAUGUUUUGUGACUAUGUGUUCCGGUUUUGGAUGGCAAAGCAAUUUGUACUUAAUGAUAGUGAGUUAAAGUCUAUUAUAGCCGUUAGGAGAUGACAGAGUUUCAACUUUUUUUUGUGAAAUUAUUCAAGUACAGGUCAACCUCUUUAGUAUUUUUGGUUAUAUAAGAAAUGUCAAAUCAUUGGCAACACUGUUCCUUGUCCAAAAAGGUCUUGCCAUAAAAAUAUAUAUACUCUGCAUUAUAAAUCAUGUCCAUAAUUAAAGUAUGUAAAUGUCUUUUCUCGAAUAUUCUGUCCAGAUCAUACCAGGGUAAAGUUUGUUACAACACAAAAACACAAAACAUAACAUUAAAAAUAACUGCUUUGUUUGUGGUCAGUGACUAUUUGUGUAUUUAUUUUGUCUAUGCUUCUCUUCCUAGUCUAUGUUGUUGAAGGUGUAUAUUUCAUUCUAUUUGUCGUUGAGUUUUGCUUUCGACGGUUUUUUUUUAUUAUUGUUAUAUUAAAGUUGGAUAAUGUUUAAAGAGUGUUUAGAUGUUUCUGGGCGACUUUUUGUCUGACCUUAAUUAUAUUCUACAAUAAUUAAUAUUUCUCUUCACAAUUAUGAUAUGAUAUACAAUUCAUAAACAUAAACUUGGCAGCCCCUUAUAAAGAUUGUCAUUGCAUUCUAGAGUUGCCAACAUACCAGUCCAGUCUUCCUUGAAAAUAAUACUAUUCCCAUGUCCCAGUCAUGUAACCGAAGUCAAGAGUCCUCAGAAACAUUUAAACACAUUUACAAUAUUAAAUAAUCUGUUACAUAUUAAUAUACGAAUUUAUUAUAUGAAGUGUUCGAUAAUUUGUGCCAAACAUUACUUCAGGCUUCAGGCUUCUUAGCGUAUUCAGCCGUUUAUUGGGCGAUUUUAUACGAUACUUUAAUUACUUACCAGUCUGAAUUAGCCAAAUUUUAUUAUUAAUACCUAUAGGUAAUCGAUUAUCUUAUGUAUUAAAUGUCUAUGUUUUAAAGUUAGCAGAUAACACUGCAGUGCAAAAAAACUGCACUAGAAAAAAAUGGGACAUGAAGAAUAUCUUACUUAAUUAAAUGUAGCAUAAUCAUGACACUAUUGGUAACUUAAUUUGGAUAGUUCUAGUUUUUGAUUGAAACCAUAUUCUAGGUCUAUGGAUUAGUUAGUAUGAAGAAAUUUUAAAUUGAAGCUCAAUAUACUGUGCAGUUUUUUUGCCAGUAAGUAUACUAAUAGGGAUGCCCCAAAUUAUCUUGUCUCCUACGAAUUGGGUGUUUAGUGUAAUAGAAUAAAUAUAUAUUAAUAAUAAUGAAAUUUUUGCACCUGUGUGAACCUAUAUUGAUAGUUAUAAUUAUGCAUUUAAGGGAUAUUGUGACAGUUUCCUUUUAUUUUUCUAUCAAAUUUUAUUUUUGUUAUAUAUGGAAACAAGGGGAAAUAAUGUUAUUUGCUUAUUUUGUAGUGUGUUAUUUUUUACAGGAAUAAUGAAUACGCAAAAUGAUUAAUUGGUUUAAUUGCACUUAAGUGUACAAACAUGAUUAACCAAUACUAUUGAUGAAAAUUAUAAAACUACUAAUUUCAGUAUUAAAUAAUGAGGAAUACGUAAUUUUACAUUCACUGUAGCAUUUUUGUUAUGUUAUGCUUAAACCUGUUUUUUAGUUGUAAGCAAGGAUGUGACUAAAGGAGAAAGAAGGUUUGUUAUAUAAAAAAAAACAAUCUGUUGGAACUUCUAUGAGUUGAAAAAAAAAAAUAGGAUUGAUUUGUCACUCCUUUUGGUUACAGUCUUGAUUGUAAGGAAAUAAAAAUGACUCAAUUAA